AUGAUAUCAACCGCAUCCAAGAAGUUCACAAGUGUGACUGCCACCCGUGGAGGUACAGCGUACCCCAAGAAGCCAAGCGAACUCCAAGUCCAACCGAAUGCCAGAAAGGUCCCCGCACCGGAGGUUCCAGUGUUCUCGUCAACGGAUAUCCGCCAGGGCUUUUUUCAAACGCCCGUAGAGGAUUGCAACCGCUCAAAACCACCUUCAUCACGCCGCACCGAGGUCUCGAACGCUUUACCGUCGCUACAAUGGGACGACCAUCUCCAUCACGAUGACAAAACCGACUUACGUUUUCGCAAGGAUGGCAAGCCAGCCCGCCCAAGCGUAUCCAUUAUGCGGGAUCCGACUGUGGAAGGGCUUCCGGACGCUGUCUCGAUCGUCAAAAGACUCGCGGGACGCAGCGAGGAAAUGCCCUUUGUAGACCGCGAAUUCUUCGUGCUGCCCAGCCGGCGACUGAUCAAGGAGUUGGGACAGCUGCCUGCCCAACGAAAGCUGCGCUGGCGAAUGACAAACGACGGCUUAAUUACUCCUCGGACGGUCGAUCCCAAAGGUUCUGCUAAUUGGGAUGUCGUUAUCCUUCAAACUCGUGGGGAAAUAGCUCCCACCCCCCGUCGGUCUUUGGCCAAGCAACAGAUGGAAGCCAUCAAACCGUCCGUGCCUGCCGCGGAUCCCGCGGCAAUUCCUCCAGUGGGCGGCCCCACGACGCGCAAGCUGCCGAUUAGGCGUAAAGAGGGAGGAAAACCACCAGCAAGCGCAGCAGGGUGCUACAUGUGCAGAGGCCCUUACUACACCAACUGCUGCCCCAGGAAGGGAGAGACCAAUGAUCGCCCGGCGAACCAAGUCAAAUUGGAGGGUGCCAGAGAGGAAGACGACGACCUGCUGGAUCUAGACCACAGUCUAGAUUCUGACAGCGAGUCAGAAAAAUAAACAGCAAGGCAGGCACUGAGGGGCCUGCCUCAUCCACAGACACUCCCUCCGAUGAUUAUCCAAGCAUAUUUAACACCGACAUAUAUGCUAUUGCGGCAUGCAAUAUCCCUACAAGUGAUCAAGAAUACAUUAGUAGACUGUAGAAUUAGCGCUACGCCUUCCUUACCAUUUCCAUAGUUACAUGUCAUGGCAAUCUCUCAGUUUGCAUUGAUACAGGCGCGGGUAUAUCACUUAUUCUUCCCUCACUGUCAGCCUGCCUCUAUGCCACAUAAUUGGUGCAUGGGCAUUUGAGGAGUCAGUUCAGAUACAAAUGAAUCGAACUUAUUCUUAGCAACAGCUCUCACCUUGAAGGUGAACAACAGUUCUCUUGUUUUUCUGAAGGGCGAAUUCCACCUAGUGCGAUACCUUGGAUGCAAUAUGAUUAUAGCGAACCAUAUAUUGUCACCG